AUCAUGACGCUGCUCUCUGACGCCGUGACAACAGACGCUGAGCCUCAGACUCGCUGCCCAGGUGUUCGGUUGCUGUGUGUGAACCAGCGCUACUGCUGCGCAGAACAGGAAAAUUGACUUGAGCUUUUUCUACAUGUAAUAACCUGAAGUAUUACCUGGAACCUAACUGUCACUCGGGCUACGUUGUGUGAAAUGUCUCCUUUCCGCUUUCAGCUGCCUCCUCCUCCAUCACCAUCAUCAGCAACAGCCGGAGAAUGAGGCGGUUAAAAUGAAGAGCCACUGGGGAAACACAUUUUGACCCGUUUAUCAGCAACCUACAGUGGGGACAGUUAGCUGUCAGGCUAACGGUUCAGACACCCGGCGACAGCUCGGAUAUUUAUCUGGAUUUGUGCGGCCAUGGCGGGUCUCAUCAAGAAACAGAUCCUGAAGCAUCUGUCCAGGUUUGCUAAGAACCUGUCACCGGACAAGAUCAACCUGAGCACGCUGAAGGGGGAAGGUCAACUCACCAACCUGGAGCUGGACGAGGAGGUUCUUCAGAACCUUCUGGACCUGCCCACCUGGCUGGCUAUCAACCGCGUGGAAUGUAACAAGGCUGCAAUUCGGAUACCAUGGACAAAGUUGAAAACUCACCCAAUCUCUUUGACCCUGGAUAAAGUAGUGAUGGAGAUGAGCACAUGUGAUGAACCCCGGCCCCCCAAUGGCCCAUCACCUAUAGCAACAGCAUCAGGACAAAGUGAGUAUGGCUUCGCAGAGAAGGUAGUGGAAGGAAUCUCCUUGUCCAUCAACUCCAUAGUGAUCAGGAUCAGUGCCAAGGCCUUCAACGCCUCCUUUGAGCUCUCCCAGCUGCAGGUCUACAGCGUCAACCCCAGCUGGAACAUCGGUGACCUGAGAUUCACCCGCAUCCAGGACCCUCAGAGGGGAGAGAUCCUGACGUUUAAGGAGGUCAGUUGGCAGAUGAUCCGCAUCGAGGCAGACGCCAUACAGAGUUCAGAGCACGAGAUGCUGAGCGCCCCCAUCCGCCUCAUCACCAACCAGUCCAGGAUACGGGUCACGCUAAAGAGACGGAUGAAGGACUGUAACGUGGUGGCCUCCAAGCUGAUUCUAAUCCUGGAUGAUCUGCUGUGGGUCUUGACUGACUCCCAGCUCAAAGCUAUGGUGCAGUACGCCAAGUCCCUCAGUGAGGCCAUGGAGAAGUCUGCGCAGCAGAGGAAGAGCAUGGCCGCAGAGGAACAGGUGUCAUCAGCGCCCCCCUCAGCACAGCAGGUGAGAGCACAGCAAACAUCCACAGCGGCGGACCAGAGCGCAUCGAUGGCCAAGCUGUUCAGCGACUUCGACGUGUGUGAGACGUCCCACCAUCUUCAGAUCCGACACCUGGACCUGCAUAUCUGUGACGACAUCCACGCCAAGGAAAAAGUCAUCAACAAAAGGAUAACGGGUGGAGCCAUGCAGCUGUCCUUCAGCUCCAUCACUCUGGACUACUACCCCUUCCACAAAGCAGGUGAAAGCUGUGUCCACUGGAUGCACUACAGCGAGGCCACCAAGACCAGAGACAGCUGGGCUCGUGACCUUCUGGAUGAGUUCAAGUCCAACGUAGAGAUGUUAAAGAAUGCGGCCCGAGACCCGUCAGGACCUGCUCAGAGCUCCCCACAGCAUGUGUCCCUUAGGGACGAUGUUUAUGGGCCUCUAGGAAGUCAGGAGAAAACAGAAGGAGAUGUAGGGCUUAGGGAGGCAGAUGGAGGACUCCUAGAGUGGAGCGCACACACACAGCCUCCAGCCCAGUGCUGCUGGUGUCUAGAGCCAGGAAAAAUCAACACUUCAUCCAGCAGCACCUUCAGCCCCCCUCCUCGAACGCCCAAGACCCAGCUCAUGUCCAGCUCCAUUGUUCUGAGAAUGGCUGACUUCAGCAUCUACCAGGUGUCGACGGCAGACCAGCGUCGCUCCAGCCCUAAAACCAUGAUUUCUUGUAACAAGAAGUCCUUGUAUCUUCCUCCUGAGAUGCCUGCCAUCCAUGUAGAAUUCACAGAGUACUACUUCCCAGAUGGAAAAGACUACCCCAUUCCGUGUCCUAACCUCUACGCCCAGCUGAAUGCCCUGCAGCUCGUCCUGGAUUCUCGCAGCUUAGUGUGGCUCAACCUCUUUGCCCUGGACCUGCGGCAGAGUCUGGAGCAGUUCAUGGAGAUUUACAAACUCAGCGACUCUCAGAAACCUGACGAGCACGUUGACAUCAAGGUGGACGGCCUGAUGCUCAAGCUGGUGAUCCCCACAGACCAGGACGCCUCCUGUCCCCCUGAUCUCCCGUGCUCCGUCUCCAUACAGACUUCAGAGAUGGUGGCCACCAACACCAGACAACCAGCCAACUGCACCCGCUCGCACCUGGAGGCCCUCCUUCAAGCCUUCGAAGAGGAGCCGUUCUUCUCUUCAACCUUCACCUCCUUUCCUCGCACCUCCACCUCCUUACCCCUCCUCCACCCUGUCUUCCAGCGUCACGCUCACGAACAAGACACCAAGAUCCACGACAUUUACCGGGGCCUGGUUGUGCCCACCAUGGGCACGGAUGCUUUAAAGAUGCCGGCCGCCACUGACUUCUGGGCCCUGCACUUCGCCCAGUUCUGGGUGGACUACGAAGGAACCCGUGGAGGCCGAGGGCGACCUCAGCCCUUCGUGGACUCCUUUCCGCUCACAGUGUGGGCGUGUCAGCCGGCGAAGGUAGUGCAGUACCAGGAGAAGCUGAGAUCGGGUUUGUCCAAGAGCACGUCAGGAGAGGCCGUGGCCCGGCUGCAGAGGAAACGUUUACUGAAGGAGUAUUACAGCAGCAACGCCGCUCGCAGCACUGAGGCCACACCCCCUCCCAGUAAUGGACUCCAUAAACCACUGUCACUGGACAGCUUGCCUUCUUCCUGUCCCUCGUCCUCCUCUUCAUCCACUAAUGAGCCAAAUGUGCACGUGUUGGUGCACGUGCAGAAGCAUCUCAGUGCUCAGGUGAGCCACCGGCAGUACGUGUUCUUGAUGAAGCUCCAGCGCAGCAUCAAAGCCCUGCAGCAGACUCUGCAGCAGGACCUGGAGGAGCUGGGCUCCAAAAAGGAGAGGAAAGUUCCAUCGCAGUCUCCCGCAGACCACCAGCCCUUCAGCGUCUGCCUGGGCCUCCUGCUCAAGAGCGCCGAGGCUUCCUUACUUCUAAGGCCUGUCCCUCAGACUGAAGGAUCAGGAUCUCCCCUGGUGUCCGAGCUCUCGCCGUCAGAGAGCCGAGGAACUCUGGAGCCUGGCAGCGAUGCAGGGGAUUCAGUGGAGAAGAAGGAGAAGGGACCGGUGGGCUCUGACGGAGGAGCAGCCAAAGAGUCAUGCACUGUUGACCAGCUUUUGUGUGGUGGAGGCCCGGAGACCGGUGUCACGUCCGGUCCAGAACCCCUCGUCCCCACCUCCACCUCUGCUGUGCAUCCGGAUUUUAAUCACAAGUCUUCGCCAGUGGAGCGGACUAUGGCGAAAAUGCCUGGACGACGAAGCUCAGACGAAGGCCCCGAGGUGCUAGCGGACGGGUUGGCGGGAUUGGACUCUAAAAAGCAAGCAGGUGACCCGCUAUCUGACCCACUGAACAGAGACUGGAGCGACAAAGACAAGGCUGCAGCCGCAAAGAUGCCUCAGUCCAUAUCCAGGUUUGUCACAAAUAGAGGAAGUUUGUCUGUGGUUUCUGAUCUCCUCAGCUCUUCAAACUCCUGCAGAUCCUCCUCCCUUUAUUCCAUGUCCAACAUUGGUCGUCUGAUGCGGGACCGCUCCCAGUCGAGUUUCUCUGUGUCUUACAAGAACAUGAAGAAGAGCCCGUCUCUGCAGUCUCUGGACAACAUCUCCAUCGAUAGCUAUCUGCUGGAGGACGGUGACCCCUACAGCCUGCUGGAGAGAGAUGACAUGUCAAUCUCGGGCUUCAAAGAUGGCAUCGGUGACCCAGGUGUCACGGAAUCCGCCGCCGAAGUGGUGUUCGUCCAGGAGCAGGAGGGCGGAGCUUCUCCCGACAGUGUUAGCGCGACGUCGCAGAGCAUCGACGAGCCCACCAAAGACACGGUGUCAGUUCUGGUGUUAAAGGUGCGUUCCGUGUGCGUGGGUAUGGAGGUGGUGGGCGAGAGCACGGCCGUGGCUCUGGAGGUGGGCCGGGUCACGCCCACUCAGCUGGGCAACCUCAGCCUCAGACAGUACCUCAGUAACCGCAGCCUCGGUAUGGUGUGUUCAGUACCAAUGCCUGCUCAGAGCAGCCAAGGCGGCGAUGGCAGUUCUUCGUCCUGCGGCCUCCACAGCCCAGAGGUACGGGCUCGUCUGGAGAGCGGGCCCUGCGCCGCAGCCCACUCCCCGCUGGCCGAACGCAACGGCUUCCUGCAGCUGCAGCUCCACGGCUACGAGGCCAACUUCAUAAUGUCCACUCUGCGAAACCUGGCUCACUUUAUGGAGGACAACGCCGCUCCGCAGGUGCUGCCCAUGGAGAUCAGCGUCAGGGACACGCACAUCAACCUGAAGGAUGACGGAGCCCAGGACAGUCUGUCUGAGCCCGAGUCCACGCCCAUCACUUUACACGUGGACAGUCUGAUCAUCCACAGGAGAGACGACGGCUCGUUCUCUAUAGGAGUGGACACAGCAGCAGAGUCCAAACCCAGAACCACCGGCAGUUUGAAUGACCAGACUCUGAGUCAGGUUGCUGCGGCCGUGGCAGUCGUCUGUAGAGUACACAAGGCUUCACAGACUCAGGCCCCGCCCCCCAGUCCUCCUCCAUCAGCCAGAGAAAAGAUGCUGACAGAGGAGAACGAAUGUUUGAAGCUGGAGCUGUCCCGAGCAAAGAUGGCGCUGGCCGAGGCUCAGAUGGAGAAGGACUCGCUGGUCCAUCGCAUGAAGAGCCUCAAAGUCAACAGCAGCUAGUGACACUCCUGGACUCUUCGACCCGAGCGGACCCUUUAAACGCCUAUUUAUUGAUGGACGAGCCUUGGCUUGAGCUCAGACUUGGAAAACGUUCCAUUUCAAAGCAAUGCAGAGUCAGUGAGAAGACUCGGAAAAAUCUGUGGAUUCACACGCGUGUUGUUUGUUUUCCGUUCUCCUCUGGACCGUGGAGUUGUGACAUUCAGUAGGUGUGUGUGUGAGUGUGUGUGUGUGUGUGUGAAAAUAAGAAAGUUGAAGUUAAUCUGUGGGUGUACUCUAUGAAAACUUCACACGCUUCUUCUUUUGUUAAAACAAAAUAACAAUCUGACUCUGGUUACUUUUCACUGCUGCUGAUUUCUUCUUUUUAAUACUGAGAAUAUGGAAAUGUGGCAGAUUCAAAAAUAGAAAUUCAAGAUAAAAAAAGAAAAAUCAGCAGAGAGAGCGUUACGUCAUCAGCGUAUGUGCUCACUUGGUCGUUAAGUAACAGACCGCAGUGACACCGUUAUUUUACCAUUAGCAAGAUAGCGGUUCGUCCCUCCGGUCGGACAUCGGAUUGUCUGAAAACUAGCGUCUUCAUAGACCUGUAGACCCAAUCACAUUACAGUACUGUGGAAUGUCUCCGUGCCUGCGAGAGGGCAACGUAAAUUCUUGUUAUAUGUCUUUGGCACUCGCUACGACAGCAAAAAAUUUGACAUUCAGAUCAAGGACACGUCACUAAUGACCACAGACAAAGUUUAUGUGAAGAAACCAUGAAUGUCGUAUCUUCAGUGGAAUGUCACAAAUUUUUUUUUUUUUUUUUUUGCACUGCGUUGACAUUAGACUUUCAUAUUCAGAGGAGACCAGACUCCUCCUGAGGGCCUGUACAGUGUAUAUUGCAUAGGACUUUUUCUACAGAACAUUCAUUGAUGAUGAUGAUGAUCAAGUGUUUUUAGGGUGGAUGUACUGUAUGUGUGUGUAUAACCGCACAUGUCUCGUGCUAGAACAAGCAUAUCAUUCGAUUUUGUUUUUCUUUAAGGAUACGUUUCCUAACCUUAAUGUUUCUGCCUUCACCGACGCCGCGCGUCUCCCUAUUUUUCUACGGCAAUUUUGAACCCGUGCAACAAUCACAACUGUGAGAGUCGAGCCCACGAAUAAAAAUGUAGGAAAAAAGGUGUCUUUUGAAAGUAUCAAAAAAGAGAAAAAAACUGCAGUUUUUGUGUCUUAAUGUCAUUUUAAAAAUACUGGUUUAUCGUGUUGCGUUCGAGAGUCGUCCACAUCGGCUGCUGCUGCUGUUUCUGCUCAACGCUGACGGGGUCGACGCCAGAAGAGGAAGGAAAACUCUUGAAUCAAUGUCUGUAAUGAUAUCAAUGCAUCACUGAAAUGAACUUCAGAGCACAAAAGGAUCACAGGAGCUUUGGGGAUUAUUUAUUUGCGAAACAGUCGAUUCAUUCUUUUUACUGUCAUAGUUUAAAAAUUCAGCGGGAAAAACUUUUUUUUUUUAUUAAUAACUAAUAUUACCAGAGAUUAUUACAGUGUAUGAGGGCUGUUGUCUUUUUCUUUUUUUAAUCUCCUUACAGCUCCUUUUGUUUAAUUCCACCUUUGAAAGUCUGACGGUGGAAGGAAAAGAAGAAAAGAGGAAUAACGUUGUAUUUCGUUUGUGGAAGCUGCUAAAAUAAAAAUAAAAAAAAUGGACGUACAAGUGGUUUCAGGUUUCCUUUUGUAAAAUGUCACAGAUUCUUCUUUAAAUGUCAGCAUCCAGCUACGAACAUCCAAGAAAAAUAUGUAAAAAAAAAAAAAAAAAAGUUUUUCCUGCCUCACGUGCAAUGAUUUGGUUUCCCUUCUGAACUCAACUGUCCUGGAACAAACCUGAUGUUGUGCUAACAUGUAGUUGUGCAGUAUUUGUUUUCAGAUUCAGAAACUGUGUUAAAAGUUUGUCUUGUGUGACGUGGAGUUCAGGAACAGUGUGUGUGUGUGUGUGUGUGUGUGUGUGUGUGAGUGCAGCAGGCUGCAGGAGUUCCUGCACAUAAAUGGUCAUGACAUUUUAUGGCAGGAGAAGUGUGUGAGUCAUAGCAGGGCAUUAAAUGUUCAAGUGUGUGUGUGUGUGUGAGGAACGAUUUCUGCUCCGCUGCUGUUUACAUACUGAAGCUUAAUGUGUGUGUGUGAUAAAGGUGAAGUUAGAGCAGGCGGCUGAGUGUAAGCACAGUCUGUUCAUGUUCGUUUAUAUACAGCACUGGAGCAUAUGUAUAUGAAGCAGAGUCUGCCAGCAGCCCUGCUGGAUUGUGGGAAAUUUGAUAAAAGAGAGAGAGAGUGAGAGAGAGUGAGAUGGAGCUUUAGUGCAAGUGUGUUGGCUCAGAUACAGAGAUUACAGUCACACACACACACACACAGUGUUGAACCACAGGAGACGUUUCAGUGACGGUUCAGUCGUUCAGCUCAGUGUUUUUUCUUACAAGUUUAAAAUGUUGUUCAUUUCCACCCAAUAGAAAUGGAAAGUUUUUAAAAAACUUGAGAAAGUUCAGUUCUCUACUUGUAAAUCUGUAAAAAAAAAAAAUCUGAAUAAAAGAGAGUUCCACUUCU